UCAAGAUGGGAGAUUAUGAGAAAUGUAGAGAAAAGAGGAUAGCGGAAAAUAAAUUGAAAAUGCAAAAAUUGGGAAUUAAUUCUACGGCAUAUGAAACCCAAUCAAAGAAGGGAACAAAACGCAAAUGCAGGAGUAAGGAGCAUGAUAAUGGUACCGGGAAUGAUGAAAUAGAGCGUGAUCUUAGUGAUGAUGAUGAUGUCGAGUAUGAUCCGGAGAUGGAGGAGGAUAAAGGUGAGAUGGAGGAUAAAGGUGAGAAACAAACCGAUAAUGCAGCCCCUAUGCAAGAGGAGGAUGAGAUGGUGUCAGCUCCUCAAACUCAAGGCGGCUUACAAGUCCGUACCACAACAAGUGAAAUUGUGAGUCACGUUCCAAAAAAGAGACGAGGACGAGGUCCGACAAAAGGAAUUGUGAGUAACAUGAAGGAUCCCAUGCACCUUGAAUACAAUCAGUUUGGUCAACCAUGUGGUAAGUGGCGUAUGAAGUAUGGGACACAAGUUGGCAUUUGCAUGCGCAAACUCUCCAUUUUGGCUAAAUGGAGUGAGGUGUCAGAGGGUUUGAAGAAGGCGUUGUGGGAAGAUACAGUGAAUCUAUUUCAUAUUCAACCCGAUGAAGCGAAGAAGGAAGUGUUUCUUUCGGCUGUUGCGGAAAGAUUUAGAGACUUCAAGACAAAGUUAGUGAGUGGAUGGAUCACGUUAAGAAGAAAAAAAACUACGUCUAAGAAGUUGACAAAAGGAAAGGAAAAGGAGAAUGAAGGAGGAGAGGAAGCGGGAAAUGAGGCGGGAAGGGAAAAUAAAAAGGCUUCUGAAAAGACGGAAGUACGGACAUUGUUGCCUUAUCAAAUAUGGGAUCACAUCACAAAAGAGGAUUGGGAAGCAUUUGUUGCCCAAAAAACUACUCCGAAAGAAGUUGAAAGGCGUGCUAAAGCUUACGAAAGUUCAAAGCAGAAAAAGUUCUAUCAUCAUAUGGGUCCUAAAACUUAUGAAGAGAAAAGAAAGGAGUGGAUGCAAGAAAAAGAUUUUUCCCAAGCAUGA